ACCGACAAUAUUUAGCCAAGGUCCUGCCAAUGCUGGCUUGGAGAGCCAACGGGUUAUCUCUAGUUGGUAGAACACCAAGGGAGCAAGAGCCCUUAACAUCCAAGCGUCGUAAAUCGGCCGCAAGAGGGGAGCAAUCCUUCUGCGCCCCCGUGGAGCGACAGAGCAACGGCAUCGGCUACUUGCAGGUACCCACAGAAGAUACCGAUCAUCCUAGUAGGUCCAGAUUCAAUGGCCCGCGAGGAGGGGACAGGACACGGGCGGCCGCAGAAGUGCGGUGCAGGAGCAAUAACAACAGUGUCUAUACUCAGGUCCCGACAUGCGAUCGCGAUCGCGAGACCGAUGCCAGCAGCGUCAGGUCGACGAGAGCGGAUCGGGAUCGGGACUCGGAGGACGAAGAUUCGUCGUCCAGUUCGCCGGAGCACUCGGAAUGGGGAGACGUUUCGGACGGCGUCGGGAUCGCGGCGGAGGAUGGAGAAGGGACGGCGGGAGAGGUGAGUUACAGUCCCGACGAUGGGAGAAUCAGCAGGUCUGGGCGGUGCAGUUCCCGCACGUUGGGUUCCGUCGUCGAGAGCCCGACGUCGAGCCCGACGAGCGGCUCGGACGGGACUGUCACAGAGGAGACAGAGAGUUAUGCGGAUUACGAGGUCGGGACCCGGACUGAGGAAGGUCCCGCAGAAGCGCGGGAGGAGGAGGAAGAGAAGAUAGGCUCGCUGCAGUCGCUAUCGGAUCUCUAUGAGAAGGGAGAUUUGAAUGUCAUCUGCACCAGGAGGCAGAAUCUUCUGGUAAAAGCCCAUGAAGGCAAUUCGACGGCGCUGAUACACUUCGUGUAUAUAACCGCUGCGCGCCGAAUUCCGGCGGCACCGAGGUCGGCUGAUUACCUGCGGACCAAGGUCGCUGAGAUACCCGAAUCAGAUAGAGCAAGCCGGGAUUAUCAGUUGCUUGAGGCGAAAUAUGGGAGGUCGUGGGUGGAGCCUAGGGUUAGCGGGGUCGAUUACGUGCCCUUUAAGGGCCUCUUUCGAGCAGUGGAUGGCACGCUGAAAGUUCUCAGAAGUGUCGUCGCAGGCCCUCUUGUUGGGUUCCGGAAUUAGGGCCGUUGAUUGAUGACAUUAGAGACGUCGAUCGAUGCGCGUAAUUUGAUAUGGAUCGAUCAAGCGAUCGCUUGAUUGAUGGACCGAUCGUUUGAUCGAUCGAGUUCUCCCUGAAGAGUUUGCUGGACGAGAGGUUAUGUAGUCUGUGAAUGCGCAGCUCAUUGAUUGACAAAGUCUUUAAUCAGGAAACGACAGCUUUAGGUGCAUUGUACGCAAGACGACAGCCAGUCUAGAGGGCAAUCACUCCCUACGGUAGUUCUGCAAUCGGAGAAAAACCCAUAAGUAAACGACUCGCAGAGAG